AUCUCUGCAGUAGCAUUUCUUGAUGAUAUGAGAGCUAAUAUAGGCGAAUCCCUGCACCAUAGGCGUCACAUCUUCUUGCCAAAGCUGGAUCUCUAUGUAUUUUUGUGAUCGUUGAACAAAACCCAAGAAACCGGGGGCUGCGUGGAAUAACAACGAACAUGACUGCGAUGGGGAAAUUUAAGCAUACCCUGCUUAUUUUUGCAUGUCUGAUCACCGCAGCUAACGGUCAAACUUGUGGUGGUGUUGUACAAGGACUAAAUGGAACGAUAGAGAGUCCUGGCUUUCCCCAUGGCUACCCAAACUAUGCCAACUGUACCUGGAUCAUCAUUACAGGAGAACGAAAUAGGAUACAGUUGUCAUUUCACACCUUUGCUCUUGAAGAGGACUUUGACAUAGUCUCCAUUUAUGAUGGCCAACCGCAGCCAGGAAACCUGAAAAUUAGGUUAUCUGGCUUCAUGUUGCCGUCGCCUAUUGUGAGCACAGGGUCAAUAAUGGCCCUUUGGUUCACAACAGAUUUUGCUGUGAGUGCACAAGGAUUUAAAGCAAUUUAUGAAGUGCUACCAAGUCACACAUGUGGAAAUCCAGGGUUGAUACCAAAAGGAGUAAUUCAUGGAACAAGGUACAACAUGGGAGACAAGAUCCGUUACAGUUGUCUCAUGGGAUAUAUACUGGAGGGACAUGCUGUACUCACUUGUAUUGUGAGUCCAGGUACUGGAGCAUCAUGGGACUUUCCAGCACCAUUUUGUCGAGCCGAAGGAGCUUGCGGUGGGACAUUGAGGGGAACAACAGGGACAAUAUCAAGUUCACAUUUCCCUUCAGAGUAUGAGAAUAAUGCAGACUGCACAUGGAGUAUUCUGGCUGAACCAGGUGACACCAUCGCCCUGGUCUUUAGUGAUUUCCAGCUGGAAGACAGAUACGACUUUCUGGAGAUAAGUGGGACUGAGGCGCCAUCAAUUUGGUUGACCGGUAUGAAUAUACCUUCCCCUGUCAUCAGCAGCAAGAACUGGUUACGGCUGCAUUUCACAUCAGACAGCAACCAUCGGCGGAAAGGAUUUAGUGCCCAGUACCAAGUAAAAAAGGCAAUUGAGCUGAAGUCCAGAGGGGUGAAACUGCUUCCAAGCAAAGACACAAACCACAAAAAUGCUGUUUUGAGCCAAGGUGGCAUGGCAGCAGACGUUUGUCCAGAUCCUGGUAUUCCAGAGAAUGGGAAGAGGAUGGGCUUUGACUUUCAGGUCGGAGCCAGCAUCCAGUUUUCCUGCGAUGACAGCUAUGUGCUUCAGGGAUCAAAGAGCAUCACUUGCCAGAGAGUGACAGAGACACUGGCCGCGUGGAGUGACCACAGACCUAUCUGCCGCACGAGAACGUGUGGCUCUAAUUUAAGAGGACCAAAGGGCUUCAUCACGUCCCCUAAUUACCCUGUUCAGUAUGAAAAUAAUGCCCACUGUGUCUGGGUCAUAACAGCAGUGGACAAUGGGAAGGUUAUUAAGCUCGCCUUUGAGGAGUUUGAUCUUGAGAGAGGAUAUGACACGCUAACAGUGGGGGACGGAGGGAAAAUUGGCGAUGCCAGGAGAGUGCUCUAUGUGCUGACAGGGUCCAGUGUUCCUGACCUGAUAGUCAGUAUGAGCAACCAGAUGUGGCUCCAUCUCCAGUCUGAUGACACCAUCGGGUCCCAAGGGUUUAAGGCCCUAUAUGAAGAAAUCGACAAUGGAGGGUGUGGGGAUCCUGGCAUCCCGGCCUACGGCAGAAGAUCGGGGGAGAGGUUUUUACAUGGCGACAUGCUAACAUUCGAGUGUCAGGCGGCCUUCGAGUUGGUCGGCGAGAGAACAAUAUCUUGCCAGCAAAACAACCAGUGGUCUGGAAACAAACCCAGCUGUUUGUUUUCCUGCUUCUUCAAUUUCACCACCCCAUCAGGAAUAAUCCUCUCCCCCAACUACCCUGAGGAGUAUGGGAACAACAUGAACUGUGUGUGGCUCAUUAUCGCAGAGCCAGGGAGCAGGAUUCAUCUAAUUUUCAGCGACUUUGAGGUAGAGCCCCAGUUUGACUACCUAAUUGUGAAAGACGAUGGGAUGUCGGAGCCCACCACGUUUGGCACAUUCUCCGGGAAGGACGUACCCUCUCAGAUAGCCAGCAAUGGACACAUCAUGCGCCUGGAGUUCCAGACUGACCACUCCAACACUGGGAAAGGAUUUAACAUCACUUAUACAACGUUUGGUCAGAAUGAAUGCCAUGACCCUGGCAUCCCUGUCAAUGGCCAGCGGAAUGGGGAGCACUUCUUGUUGGGGAGCUCCGUGCUCUUCACAUGUGAUGAAGGCUUCAUUAAAACCCAUGGGUCUGAGUCCAUAACCUGCAUCAUUCAGGAUGGAAAUGUAGUGUGGAAUGCAGCAGUUCCUCGGUGUGAAGCACCUUGUGGGGGACAUUUAACAGCUCCAACCGGAGUACUGCUGUCCCCUGGCUGGCCGGGAUACUACAAAGAUUCUUUGAACUGUGAAUGGGUUAUUGAAGCCAGCAAAGAUCACGCCAUCAAGAUAUCCUUUGACAGAUUCCAGACCGAGGUUAAUUAUGACACACUGGAGAUUCGGGAUGGCCCCUCCAACUCCUCUCCUUUAAUCGGAGAGUAUCAUGGCACUCAGGCGCCCCAUUUUCUCAUUAGCACCAGUAAUUACAUGUACCUGCUAUUCACCACGGACAACAGUCGCUCCAGCGUGGGCUUCCAGAUCCGCUACGACAGUGUUAUGAUGGAAACAGAUUCCUGCUUAGAUCCUGGGAUCCCGGUCAAUGGAAAGCGGCAUGGGAACAAUUUCGCCAUUGGCUCCAGGGUGACAUUCAGCUGUGAUCAAGGCUACACGCUGAGCGAUGAGGAACCCAUCGUGUGCGAGAGGAACCAUCAGUGGAAUCACGCACUGCCCAGCUGUGAUGCGUUGUGUGGUGGUUAUAUCUUUGGUAAAAAAGGAACCAUUCUCUCCCCUGGAUUUCCUGAUUUCUACCCAAACUCAUUGAACUGCACAUGGACGAUAGAGGUGUCUCAUGGCAAAGGAGUGCAGCUGCUCUUCCACACGUUCCACCUGGAGGACUCCCAUGAUUACCUCCUCAUCACAGAGGACGGCAGCUUCACGGAACCCGUGGCCAGGCUCACUGGUUCCGUCCUGCCCCCCUCCAUCAAGGCCGGCCUGUUUGGAAACUUUAGCGCCCAGCUCCGCUUCGUCUCAGAUUUCUCCAUGUCCUAUGAAGGUUUCAACAUGUCCUUCUCAGAGUACAGCCUAGAGCCUUGUGAAGAUCCAGGAGUGCCAGCCUACAGCCGGCGAGUUGGUUUCCAGUUUGGCGUGGGGGACUCACUCAUUUUUUCCUGCUUCCCGGGUUAUCGAUUGGAGGGGGACCACAAGAUCACCUGCCUGGGGGGAGGCCGGAGGGUCUGGAGUGGAGCCCUGCCAAGGUGUGUGGCUGAAUGUGGAGCCACUACCGUUGGGAGUGAGGGGGUUCUGCUAUCACCCAAUUACCCAUCCAAUUAUGACAAUAACCAUGAGUGCAUUUACCGCAUUGAGACGGAGACAGGGAAGGGCAUCCGUGUCACAGCCACUCACUUCCAGCUCCAUGAGGGGGAUUACCUGAAGGUGUAUGACGGAAAGGAUACUUCAUAUCGUCUUCUUGGCAAUUUCUCCAAAACAGACAUGUACAAUGCCGUCAUCAACAGUACCUCAAAUCACCUCUGGAUUGAGUUCAACAGCAAUGGGACUGAAACCAAUAAGGGGUUCAGACUGACGUACAGCAGUUUUGACCUUGUCAAGUGUGAAGAACCAGGAACUCCGAAUUACGGAUACAAGAUUCAAGAUGAUGGCCAUUUUGCAAACACAUUUGUAUUGUACAGUUGUAACCCUGGCUAUACUCUCCAUGGAAGCAGCACUCUGACAUGCCUAAGUGGAGACCGUAGGGUUUGGGACAAACCGUUACCUUCCUGUCUAGCUGAAUGUGGAGGCCACAUCGCAGGUGCAAUAUCUGGACGGAUACUAUCCCCGGGUUACCCUGCGCCCUAUGACAAUAACCUCCACUGUACCUGGUCUAUCGAAGCGGACACAGGCAAAACCAUCAGCCUCCACUUCAUAGUGUUUGACACGGAAGUGGCUCAUGACAUCCUGAAGGUGUGGGACGGUCCAACAGAGGGGGGUUUCCUCCUGAAGGAAUGGAGUGGGUCAGCUCUACCCGAAGACACCCACAGCACCUUCAACAUCCUAACGCUCCAGCUUGACAGUGAUUACUUCAUCAGCAAGUCAGGCUUCUCCAUUCAGUUCUCAACUACUACUGCGACGACCUGUAAUGACCCCGGAACUCCCCAAAAUGGGACACGUUACGGGGAUAGUCGGGAGCCUGGGGACACUAUCACCUUCCAGUGUGACCCAGGUUACCAGGUCCAGGGCCUAGACAAGAUCACCUGUGUACAGCUCAAUAACAGGUUCUAUUGGCAGCCAGACCCUCCGACCUGUAUAGCUACCUGUGGCGGCAACGUGACAGGCCCUGCUGGGGUAAUUCUAUCACCCAACUAUCCACAGCCCUACCCACCAGGAAAAGAAUGUGACUGGAGAAUUAAAGUCAACCCUGACUUUGUUAUAGCCCUAAUUUUCAGAAGUUUCAACAUGGAGCCCAGCUAUGACUUCCUGCACAUCUAUGAGGGUGAGAACUCCAAUGGUCCACUGAUCAGCAGCCUGCAGGGAAACCAGGCCCCGGAGCGCAUUGAGAGCAGUGGGAACAGCCUCUUCCUCGCCUUCAGAAGUGACGCCUCCCUCGGGAUGUCUGGUUUUGCCAUUGAAUUCAAAGAGAAACCCAGAGAGGCAUGUUUUGACCCUGGAAAUAUCAUGAACGGCAGUCGUGUGGGGAUGGACUACAAACUGGGCUCCACAGUGACCUAUCAAUGUAACUCUGGAUAUACUGCGGUUGGACAAGCCACAAUCACAUGUGUUAUCGGUUUGGAUGGAAAACCUAUAUGGAACAAAGCCCUACCAACGUGUAAAGCUCCUUGUGGUGGCCAUUAUAAUGGAUCUGAAGGCGUGGUACUAUCUCCUAACUUCCCCCACAACUACACCGCUGGGCAAACCUGCUCCUACUAUAUCACGGUCUCUGGAGAAUUUGUGGUAUUUGGGCAGUUUGCCUACUUUCAGACAGCAAUGAAUGACUCAGUGGAACUAUUUGAUGGGGCCAAUCAGAAUGCCAGGCUUCUUAGCUCCCUCGCUGGGUUUCACUCAGGAGAGACCUUGCCCCUGGCCACAUCAAACCAAAUUAUGGUGCGAUUCUCUGCAAAGAAUGGUCCUUCUUCCAGGGGUUUCCACUUUGUUUAUCAAGCUGUUCCUCGCACCAGUAACACGCAGUGCAGCUCUGUCCCAGAGCCACGCUACGGCAGACGGAUUGGGUCCGAGUUCUCCGCAGGCUCCGUUGUUCGCUUUGAGUGCAACCCAGGGUAUUUGCUACAGGGAUCCAAAGCCAUCAAAUGCAAUGCGGUCCCCAAUGCGCUAGCCCAGUGGAAUGAUACUGUGCCCUCUUGUGCUGUUCCAUGCAGCGGUAAUCUGACAGAGAGAAGAGGCACAAUCCUCUCCCCGGGAUUCCCAGAACCCUAUGGGAACAGCUUGAACUGUGUGUGGAAAAUCAUUGUCACCGAAGGAGCUGGGAUUCAGAUCCAGGUGAUGAGCUUUGCCACCGAGCACAAUUGGGAUUCCUUGGAAAUCUAUGAUGGACGGGACAUGACAGCUCCUAAACUUGGAAGCUUCUCAGGUACAACUGCUCCAGCCUUGCUGAAUAGUACCUCCAACCAGCUCUACCUUCACUUCCAGAGUGAUAUCAGUGUUGUUGCCGCUGGAUUCCACCUUGAGUACAAAACCGUUGGUCUCACCACCUGUCCGGAGCCGAUGGUGCCUGCCAACGGGAUCAAAACAGGGGACAGGUACAUGGUCAACGAAGUAGUGUCAUUCAGCUGUGAACCGGGAUACAUGCUGCAGGGCCACUCCCAUAUAUCAUGUAUGCCAGGAACCGUGCGGCGCUGGAACUACCCUCCCCCACUCUGCAUUGCAAAGUGUGGUGGAACAGUACAUGACUUGACCAAUGUUAUUUUAAGUCCUGGAUUCCCUGGCAACUACCCUGGUAACCUGGAUUGUACAUGGAGGAUUCUUUUACCAGUUGGAUAUGGUGCUCAUAUUCAGUUUUUCAACUUCUCCUCUGAAGACAACCAUGAUUUUUUAGAGGUGCGAAAUGGGCCGCAGCACAGCAGCUCUCUGAUUGGACAGUUCAGCGGAAGUCAGCUGCCACCCAACCUGCUGAGUACAACACAUGAGACCAUGAUCCACUUCUACAGUGACCACUCCGAAAACAGGCAGGGAUUCAAACUGGCCUACCAAGCAUAUGAAUUGCAGAAUUGCCAAGACCCUACUCAAUUCCCUAAUGGAUAUAUUAUUAAUAAUGACUACAAUGCUGGCCAAUCAAUAACUUUUGAAUGCUUUCCUGGAUACGUUCUGAUUGGACAUCCUGUGCUCACAUGCCAACAUGGAAUCAACAGAAAAUGGAAUCACCCCUUUCCCCGGUGUGAGGCUCCAUGUGGCUACAACAUGACAGCUCAGAAUGGCACCAUAUUCUCGCCUGAAUACCCAAAUGAGUACCCUAACUCACAGGACUGCACCUGGCUUAUCAUCGUGCCACAUGGACAUGGCAUUUACAUCAACUUCACCCUGCUUCAGACAGAGCCUGUCACGGAUUACAUUGCUGUUUGGGAUGGCCCUGAGCAGAGCUACCCACAACUUGGGAUUUUCAGUGGUAAUACAGCGCUAGAGUCAGCCUACAGUUCUUUCAAUCAGGUCCUUAUCAAGUUUCACAGUGACUUCUCCACAAGUGGAUUCUUUGUCCUCAAUUUCCAUGCCUAUCGUCUGAAGAAAUGCCCACCUCCCCCAACAGUGGAAGAAGCUGAAAUAGUAUAUGAAGAUCAAGAUUAUGAAAUAGGAGACAUUGUGAAGUAUCGCUGCUUCCCUGGAUUUACCCUGGUCGGCAACAGUGAGCUUACCUGUAAGCUCAACUCUCAUCUCCAGUUUGAGAGUCCUCCGCCUACUUGUGAAGCUCAGUGUCCUGCAAAUGAAGAACGCGCCUUCUCAUCUGGGGUUAUCCUUAGUCCAGGUUUCCCUAAAAACUACCCCAACUCUCAGACCUGCUCCUGGGUCAUCAGAGUUCAACCUGCGUACACUAUUUCCAUCUUCGUGGAGAUGUUUCAGAGUGAGAAGCAGUUCGACGAACUUGAGAUCUUUGACGGACCAUCUGGUCAGAGCCCUUUGCUGGUGGCCCUUAGUGGAAAUCACUCCACACAGUUAAACUUUACAAGCAAGACCAACCACCUUUACCUGAGAUGGUCCACUGAUCAUGCAACCAGCAAAAGAGGGUUCAAAAUCCGAUACACAGCUCCUUAUUGUAGCAUUAAUGACCCACCUGGAAAUGGAGGGGUGCUUAAUCGAACAAGAGAGCGUCCAGGAAGCAAGCUGCAGUACUAUUGUUAUGCUGGCUACAGGCUAGUGGGCACCAGAAAUUCCACCUGCCGGUUGCAUCGGAAUGGGCUGUAUCAUUGGGAUGCCCCAGCUCCACUAUGUCAAGCUUUAUCUUGUGGAAUCCCUGAGUCUCCUGCCAAUGGUUCAUUCCAUGGUUUCCAGUACACAGUUGGAAGCAAAGUGAAUUACCAGUGCAAUGAAGGGUACAGGAUGGAGACAAGUCUCCCCACAAGUACCGUCUGUCUAGAGAAUGGGACAUGGAGCAACGCUGCACAUCCACCUCUUUGUUUACCGAUCCAGUGCCCUUACAUUGAGAGCAUGCUCUCAGAACACAUGGUGUGGCGGCUGAUCUCGGGGUCACUGAAUGAAUUUGGAUCUCAGAUAAUGCUAAGCUGCACUCCUGGCUUCUACCUGGGAGGCAGGAGGACCAUCAAGUGCUUAGCUAAUGGAACCUGGGCUGGAAUCCAGGAGAGGUCUACCUGCAAGAUUAUCUCGUGUGGGGACCUCCCCUCUCCUCCCUAUGGCAACAAGAUAGGAACCCUGAUUACGUUUGGCGCCACAGCGAUCUUCAUGUGUAAUACGGGCUACACACUGGUUGGGUCACACGUGAGGGAAUGUGGGGCCAACGGGCUCUGGAGUGGAGUGGAAACAAAGUGUCUUGCUGGCCACUGUGACUCCCCUGAUCCAAUCAUCAAUGGUCAUAUCAGUGGAGAUGGCUCCAGUUAUCGUGACACUGUUGUCUAUCAGUGCAACCUGGGCUUUCGCCUUAUUGGAACAUCGGUUCGGAUCUGUCAACAGGACCACAGAUGGUCUGGACAAGCUCCUAUUUGUGUUCCCAUUACCUGCGGUCACCCUGGAAACCCAACAAAUGGUCGAACUAACGGCAGCGAGUUCAACCUGAACGAUGUGGUAAACUUCACCUGCAGCAAAGGAUAUCUGUUGCAUGGUGCAUCAAGAGCCCAGUGCCGGAUGAAUGGACAGUGGAGCAACCCUCUUCCAGUCUGUAGAGUGGUAAACUGCUCCGAUCCAGGCUUUGUGGAGAAUGCCAUUCGUCACCCGCAGCAGCGUUUCCCCGAGAGCUUCAACUAUAGAACCAGUGUAAUGUAUCACUGCAAGAGGGCCUUCUAUUUGCUCGGCUCAUCACUUCUCACCUGUCAGUCAAACGGCCUCUGGGACAGAUCACUUCCUAAGUGCCUUUCUAUUUCCUGUGGUGAUCCUGGCACACCACCCCAAGCUGUCAUGUCAGGCAGGAAGUUCACCAACGGCGGCGUGCUCCAUUAUACCUGCAGCAAGGGCCGAGUGCUGAUUGGGAAUGCCACGCGCUACUGUCAGGAGGACGGACGCUGGAGUGGGUCACCACCCUACUGCUCAGGUGGUAGUUCCGGGGAGUGCGGUGACCCUGGAAUCCCACCUCAGGGCUCCAGGCUAGGGGAGAAGUUCCAGCUGAAGAGCCUGCUGCGAUUCACCUGUGAUGCCGGUUUUUCCCUGAGUGGCUCACCUGAGAGGACCUGCCUCCACAAUGGCUCCUGGAGUGGCACCCAGCCAGUCUGUGAAGCGGUUUCCUGUGGGAAUCCAGGUACGCCUGCCUACGGGAAGAUUGUCUUCAGUGAUGGAAUACUGUUUUCAAGCUCUGUGGCAUAUGCUUGUUGGGAAGGAUAUAAGACUUCAGGCCUCACCACUCGCCACUGCACCACCAAUGGCACCUGGACCGGCUCGGCCCCAGACUGCACAGUGAUCAGCUGUGGAGAUCCAGGUCCUGUUGCCAAUGGGAUUUACAUAGGGAAUGAGUUCACCUUCAACAAGACUGUUCAGUAUCACUGUAACCCAGGACACGUCAUGGACACUGUCAGUACGUCUGUGCUCCUCUGCACCAAGGACGCGUCUUGGAACCAAACCAAGUCUAACUGUAAAGUGAUCAUGUGUGGCCAUCCUCCGGCUGUUCGCAAUGGGAAGGUUGAGGGAUCAGACUUGCAAUGGGGCUCCAGUGUCACCUAUAGCUGCUUCGAUGGGUACCAGCUAUCCAGCCCUGGAAUCGUCUCAUGUGAGGGGAACGGCACAUGGAGAGGGGAGAUCCCUCAUUGUCUUCCUGUGCUGUGUGGAGACCCUGGCACCCCAGCAGAGGGUUAUGCUGAGGGGAAGCAGUUCACCUACAGGUCAGAGGUGACCUUCUUCUGCAGAGACCCCAACAUCUUGGUCGGGUCCCCCAGGAGACUGUGUCAGGUUGAUGGGAGCUGGAGUGGAAUACAGCCCUCAUGUAUAGAUCCUGCAUAUAACACAUGCAGAGACCCUGGAACUCCAUCUUAUGGGAUACCAGUCACGUACCAAGGAUUUGAGGUUGGAAGCAAAAUCUCCUUCAAAUGUCGUAAAAACUACCACAUACUGGGAUCUACGACAAGAACCUGUCUGGAAAAUUUGACGUGGAGUGGUUUGCAACCAGAAUGUAUCGCCCAUGCCUGCAGACAGCCCGAGACACCGUCUAACAUUGACGUGAGGGCCAUUGAUCUACCAACUCUGGGCUAUACUUUGAUCUAUACAUGUCAAUACGGAUUCUUCCUGGAUGGGGGAUCAGAGCACAGGACAUGUAAACCUGAUGGAAAGUGGUCCGGAAAGCCACCUGUCUGCAAAGUUGGCCCAAAAAUAAAUGGUAAAAAAGGAGUGGAGUCAGAUGUUCAGAAAAACAAGAUUGGUGUUCCUGUAAAUGUGUUUUCUUUAAACUUUGGCUGGACCGGGUUCUAUGAGUACCUUGGGGCAAGAGAAGGUGCCACUAUUACUGUAAAUGGAUUCAAUGCAACAACCAGUAGAGUUAAUGUCACACUUUUGGAUCAGAGCAGAGUGCAGCUUAAACUCUCUGGAACAUACAAAAAGGAGGAGAAUCAUUUGCUACUGAAGGUUUACCAGAUACGGGGUCCAACAGAGCAUCAUUUCAGUAAAUUCAAGAAUGACAACUGGGCAAUGGAUGGCUACGUGACUGCAGAGUCUGACCAGAAAACCUUUGUUUACCAGGGUCAUAUUCAGAGCAAGGACUUUGGAAUAUUUGUGCUAACAAGAGGAGGUCUCUUUACAACAGACCUGGACCCAUCAAAUCCUCCAUACUAUGGCACGAAUAGCAGUUCAGUAGCAGUUGCCAUACUAGUGCCAUUCUUUGCCCUUAUUCUUUCAGGGUUUGCAUUUUACCUCUACAAACACAGGGUUCUUUCACAAGACACUGAUGACAAUGAGAGACCCAAAGAUGUAAUCAGGGCUGGCGGCAGAACAAGACCAAAAGUACAAUAUAAUGGAUACACAGGCCAUGAAAACACAAAUGGACAAGCGUCAUUUGAAAACCCUUUGUAUGACACAAACAUGAAACCCACGGAGGCGAAAGCUGUGAGGUUUGAUACAACUCUGAACACAGUCUGCACAGUAGUAUAGCCCUUGUAUCGCCAGCAUUGGACUGGUUUUUAUAGCGAGAUGCAAAUAUUCCUUUGACUCAUCACGUUAUGAUGAUAAAAGACAAGUUUUAAAUCAAGGACAGUUUUAUAUGGACUUAAACAACAACUAUUGGUGUUCUAUGGAGCAAGGACUAUGUACAUGGCCAGGACAGAAGAUACUCUCUUGGAUCAAGGAGUUCUGCCUUUCAUUGCUCUUUGCAGGAUGAAUGUAUUCAUUCUCCUCUCUUUUAAAAAAAAAUCUGUAUUUUUUUCCCCAAAGGCCCUCCUUGGGGAAACACGGAAGUGUCUUGAAAAGCCACAUAAUUGUUGAUACAAAGUGUUUUCUUCAGUGAAGAUGAACAACAAAGGAGGGAGCAACUUUGAACAUGUUGCUGCUCAUUCCUUGCCAGACUUCUCCAAUAAAGGGAAAAUAUGCUACAACUACAACUGUCUCGCAUGAGAUCUUGGCUAUCUAAUCUCUGGGUAGUUAGAGGAACUCUCUCAGCUGUUGUGUUGAAAAACUUUAUCGCACAAAUUUUGCACUAGUGUGUUAUGAAUGGGUAUGAAAUGAGUCAAAAGAGGAAUUUUCAAACCAACUGAAAAAAUUACGUACAGGGUUUUUGACCAUUUGUAGAUAAAUAUACAGUAUAUUUCCAUAACCACAGGGAGCAAGUUGUCAUGCUGCCAUGCUACUGUUUAUAAACAGAGAGGCUUAUUUUAUUUUCAAUAUUGGUUUUGCAAAUACAUUUAUGGAACACUGCUUACUUUUUUACAUAUAAUUUUUACUCUGGAGUCGCAAAUACCAUGCAGCCUAUCAAGCAUCAUUCCACAAAUCUCAAUUAAGGAGCAACUGGUGUACAUGCAAAUGUGCAGCUAUUGUGAGUCAUUUGUCAUUGUAUUCACAGAUCAAUAUUACUGCAGAGCAAACCGAUCUGGCUCAUCUGCUUUGAAAAACAACAAUGCCCAAUAUUGUAGUAUACUGUAAAUUGCAUCAGAUAAUUACAGUAUGUAUCAUGCAUGAUAGUUUGUUUAUAUUGUCAAUCAUCAGUUUGCUGUUCAUAUUGUAGUUUAUUGCACAUUACCACAAGCAUUUAACAUUUGUAACCCUACAAAACAGUUUGCAGUCCUAUCUUGUGGUCUUGCUGCAAAUUUGCUUACAUUUCAAAUAUACCUCGUUGCGCAGAAGGACAUAAUUUUUCUACUCUACAAUACUGGAACUAAUGAAAUGUUUAUUUUUCAUAAAUGCUGCACUUGCUUUAAAUCACAGUUUUAAUGCAGAAGUGUAUUUUAAUUUAUAUGUGCCAUAAGAUUACACCAUGUUUUAUUCUGACACACAUGUCACUUAAGGCCAGAUGGGGAAUGAAGUUGGAUGGCAAUCCUUCUUUAGCAGAGGCAUGAGCUGGUUGUUUAGAAGCUUGUCUUAAUAAUCUAUUUUUCCCCCUUUUAUGUUAUGUCCGUCCUAUCCUUAAAGGUAUUGAGUCAGGGAUGAUGACAUGAACACUGACUUCAUAUUUACACUCCAAGAAACACUGCCUUAUUAAAUUCAAAAGCAUGACAAAGCUGUCACAGUCACAAAUGACCUGUUACAACACUAAUGCUUGAGAGUGUAGGGCUACUUGAAUGCAUACAGUACACUGUGAUUCCAAAGGCAUAGAUUAGCUUAUUUUUUUUCCUAAUAAUUUUGGUUAUGCAUGUUUUCACAAAUAAUGUUAAAAAUGAACAGUAGAUGAACUACCUUUCAAAAUCUGUUAUCAUAUGCACUUGCUUUGAGAUCAAUGACAAAAUGUGUAAUAUAAUCUUGUGAGCUAUCAGAUUCCAGUUAAUGUCUGUUGUAUUUGUGGCCAUUGAAGCAUUGCAGGAUUCCCAGAGUGUGAUCAAAUGAAUGUGUGUUCGUAAAAUAAGAAGAAUUUGCAUUUCCUUCAUUUUUUUACAAAGUGAACUAUUUAGCAUUUUACAUUUCAAAUUAUGCCUGUUGUUCAUUGCACACCUACGUACUGUACAGCAGUGUUUUCAAUCAAUAGGGUUAAGACAAAAAUUAAUCAAAUCAUCCCUCAUUCUUUGUCAACAUUUUGUGAUGUAAGACCCACUGCUUUUAAUCCACAUCUUGCCUUCCUUUUGGCUUGCUGCAAUAAUGUUUUUCUUUCGUCAUCUGUAAAAUAUAUUCCCAAGAAAAGAGCUGUACAACUGCAUUCAAUUAAAUAUCAUUCCAUUUUACAACAUCAUGUUAUCAUGUGCUGCUGACUUUAAGUAGGUGCAAAAGAAAAUGUUUUUGUACAGAAAUAUAUUUUUUAUGAAGAAUUUGUAAAAUUAUUAAAUAUGCUGUGCUUUUUUGAUUAAUGUAGGUACAAAACUUGUUAAAAUAAAUGUUUUUACUAUACAAAAUGUAAAUUUAUCGUCUGAGUAUGAAUAUAAAAUGUAUAUUAUCUAUGGUUGAAACUUUUCUUGCAAAUGUCGAUAUAUACAAGCUUUUAUUUGAAAACAUUGCUCGUAUAUAUUUGUUUAUACAAGAAAAAACAAACCUUAUUACAGAUUGUUCUAUGACACAAGUUAUAUGACAUAUUUUGAAGACAUGAUUUCAGAUUAAACAUUUUUGAUAUAAUUA